CGGACCAGGUAUGAAUUGACGCGCGGCGCGACGCCGGAGAGAGCACGUCUCCUCGCCGUCCACCACGCGGUCCGCCGCCCAGGCUCUCCGUCUAGCUGCCCGUCCCGUAGUUUCGCGUUUCCAGUCCAGUGCAAGUAGGAAUGGAGUUCGGGGUGGGCGACGUCGCCCAGAUAUCGGCGGAACUGGCUCGAGUGGUCGAGAUGAUGAUGUCAUCCGGCAUAUCUCAGCCGCAACGUCUGGAGAUGUACACCGCCUGCGAGAGGUUCAAAGAGUCGUCGCCGUUGUGCGCUCAGUGCGGCCUGUACCUGGCGCAGAAGUCACCCGACCGGAGCCCGGUGGUGCGCCACUUUGGUCUACAGCUGAUGGAGCACUGCGUCAAGUAUCGGUGGACGCAGAUCUCGCAGUCGGAGAAGCUCUUCAUCAAGGAGAACGCGAUGAAGCUGCUUCAGGACGGCACCCAGCCGCUGCUGCAGGAAGAGGCGCACAUCAAGGACGCCCUGUCGCGCGUCGUGGUCGAGAUGAUAAAGCGGGAGUGGCCCCAGCAGUGGCCGACGCUGCUGGCCGAGCUCAGUCAGGCCUGCACGCGGGGCGAGAGCCAAACCGAGCUGGUCCUGUUGGUGUUCCUCAGGCUAGUGGAGGACGUGGCGCUGCUGCAGACGCUCGAGUCCAAUCAGAGGAGGAAGGACAUAUAUCAGGCAUUGACCACGAACAUGGCCGAGAUCUUUAGCUUCUUCCUGAGACUGAUGGAGCAACACUUUUCGGAGUUUCAGAAGAAAAGUGCCUUAGGACAGACAUCCGAAGCUGCGGCACAUAGUAAAGUCGUUCAAGUAGUGCUGUCCACGUUAGCUGGAUUUGUCGAAUGGGUCUCGAUAAUUCACGUUAUGGCCGAGGACGGCAGAUUGUUGCAGAUAUUGUGCCUGCUAUUGGGAGAUCAUAUAUUUCAAUGUUCCGCCGCCGAAUGCCUCCUUCAAAUCGUAAAUCGCAAAGGCAAGGCCGAAGAUCGAAAGCAACUGAUGAUCCUGUUCUCGGAGGAGGCUCUGAGGUGUAUUUACACCUCGGCCACCGCUCCGCCGCCUCUCGCUGGACCUACGAAUUUCCAUGAAAAUCAUUACUUAUUUCUGAAGAAGCUCACACAGGUACUGACUGGUAUGGCGACACAGCUUUGCACCUUAUGGGGAAAGGAUGACGCCUCUAGCAUACGACCGACGCAUUUCAAUCUCUUUCUCGACACCGUGCUCACGUUCACCAUGUACCCGAGCCUCACGCUCACGCAUUUAGCGAACGCGAUUUGGGUGAUGCUGUUCAAGCACGAACAGAUCAAGCUGGACUCACUGCUGCUCACGUACGUGCCCAAAUACGUGGAGCAUACCGCGCCCAAGUUGAUCCGCGUUACGUAUCCACACGACAGACAGAGCAACGGCAUGACCACGUACUGCCUCGUCGAUUACGACUCGGAGGAGGAGUUCAACGUCUUUCUGCAUCGCUUCAGGAUGGAUCUGUUGGAGGGAUUCAGACACGCCACCAUGGUGGCGCCUCUGGUGACGUUCACGUACGUGCAGCAGUGGCUGACCGCGAAGAUCACCAAGGGUAUGGCGAAUCUGCAGUACAAGAGUGAUCAGAACGACCGGGAGUACCUCGAGUGGGAGGCCCUCGCGCAGGCGUUGGACUCCGUCGUGUCCAGGAUUUUGCUGAUCAACGAACGGCCGAGCGUGCAGACCGGUCUACAGCUGUUGGAGCUCUGCCUGAGUUACUCGCCGCAGGAUCCCUGGCUCCUGUCCGCGCUGCUCUCCUGCAUAAGCGCGCUCUUCGUGUUUCUGUCGAUGUCGACCGGCUCGAUGGCCAUGCCGGGCGUCGCCAUCCUGCCGCGCGUCCUCGACAAGAUCUUCGCCGCGUUGGUGUUCGAGGCGCCCGGCGAGAACGAGCGCAAUCGCUCGCGGGCGACCAAAAACGUGCGACGACACGCGGCCAGUCUGAUGGUGAAGAUCAGCCUCAAGUAUCCGCUGUUGUUGCUGCCGGUGUUCGAGCAGAUACACACGAUGGUGCGCAGUCUGACUCGGGAGCCGAGCCCGUUGUCUCGAAUGGAGAGCGUCAUGCUGUACGAGGCGCUGCUCCUUAUCUCGAAUCACUUCUGCGACUACGAGCGGCAGACGCGAUUCGUCACGGAGGUGAUCGGCGACGCGUCCAGCAAGUUCAUCGCGAUGGGCACGGAGUGGUUCGAGGGACCGCUGGAACUCAUGCAAUUUGUGGGGCUCGACAGACCGCCGGUGGAGGACAUGCUGGAGGAUCCGGUCAGGCGUAAUCGCAGCGAUCUCAUGAUGUGUAUUUGCACGGUGCUGAGUGUAGUCAAACGAUGCUCAAUCCCAGAGGAUCCCGACCGCGCGGCCAGGGGUGGCUUCGUGGCCGCGCUCAGCGAGAGCGGUAAUCCGGUGUACCGAAACCCGGCGACACCCCAUGUAAUCCCCAUUCUGCCGACGCUUUUCGCGCUACUGCGAACGAUGAACGGUCUCUUCAGUCACGCUGCCCUCGCUGCUCUUUCUGAGGGCUACAAAAAUGCUCAUGGACUUUUGGAGUCUGAAAAGGCGAAUCUUCUGGGCGUGAAUGUAACCAACGACAAUAAUAGCGAAACGGACCAGGCUUCAAGCACUUCUCUCGGUCGAAUGCAAUCAUUUCUGAGCACAAUUCAUGACCAGUGUUACCAUAUGUUGGGUAGCGGCUGUCACAUGAUCGGUCGAGAUUUUUAUCAAUUGCCUGGACUCGCACCGGCCUUGUUGAACUCUGUUUUCUCAAACAUGGAGGUGAUUCCAGAUUACAGACUACGACCAAUUAUACGCGUGUUUAUGAAGCCAUUUAUAUACUCGUGCCCGCCGGCUUUUUACGGGAGCGUACUAAUACCUGUACUGGCUCACGUAUCCACACACAUGUGCCAAAGAUUAAGUGCAAAGUGGCAGUACAUAGCGCGUCUGUACGAGUCCGGCGGUCUGGAUGAGGAGAACACCGACACGCAGGAAGUCAUCGACGACAUGCUCAACAGGAAUCUGACCAGGGACUUCGUGGACGUGUUAAAAGUGGCUCUAGUCGGCGGAGCCGCUAGCGAUGCCGCUCCUCCAGACACCAUGGAACAGGACAGCGGGGGAAUGGCAGUGGACCCACCUCUCUCGCGGGGAAACAGUAUAGUCGCCGAGGUCGUCAGUGAGCUCGGCACUUUUAUUUUGCGUCAUCCGUCCACUUGUCACAGCGUCGUCCUAUGCGUAUUAGGGGCGCUUGCAUGGAACGACUCAAAUGCGAGCCUCAAGGCUACAAUGUUGACUGGGCCUGUGGUCCGAGCAUUGGCAGCUGACGGCAGCCUUACUCCUUCUAUGGCAGCGCACAUCAUGGUCGCCGUUCUUCAAGGUUUGCAGCUGCACGGUCAGCACGAGGCCAAUCAGGGUUCCCUUAUUACUCUGGGCGCGCAGGUCUACGAGUGCCUCAGACCUAAGUUUCCGAACAUCAUCGAGGUGAUGCAGCAAAUCCCGGGGGUCAAUCCCGCUGACUUGCAACGCUUCGAUGAGAAAAUGUCGGUAGUCAGCACGAAAGGCAACAAGGUCGAGAAGGGAAAGAAAGACCUCUUCAAGAAGAUCACUAAUCAGCUUAUCGGCAGAAGCGUAGGUCAAUUAUUCCGUAAGGAAGUCAAAAUAGACAAUUUACCGCGGAUAGAGGUAUCCGCCAAGUCGCAGCAGGUACGCGUGGAUGAGAUCUCGAAGAAUGCCACUGACACGGGAAUAACAGCACUGUUCGCUGGAUCUACGUAGCAGACCGUUUUAGAGAAUCACGUUUUGCAUUGGUCUAACUCAAUAAGCAAUUAUAAGUUAUUGUAAAAAAAAAAAAAAGGUCUUUCCGAGGAGAAAAGGGUCGUAUGGUGGCGCGGAGAAAGAACGUUCGAUCCAAAAUCUGCUAAAACAGUGGGUUUUUUUGUUCUAGGAAAAUUCACAAGUUUCUCUUUACGACGAUACUUACAACAAAUGAGCCGUGUUAAAGCGUUCGGGGUAUCACCUCGGAUUUACGUGCGAUUGCAAAUUUCAGACAUUAUUUUCUAUUCGUAUUCAUUCAGUGAGGGCGUUUGUAAACUGAUGUACGUUGUGAUAGAACGAGAAAAAUAAUAGCCUGCGAAUCUUAAUAAAACUGCAAUCGCCGUAAAAAGAAUCGAGGUGAUACCUCCGAAAUCCUCGGACAUGCCGUGCCCCCACUCAAUCGCUAGGUGCUCCAAAUUAAGUCUCGGAUAAAUUAUGAAACGCAACUGAUAGUACAUAAAUAUUUAUGAGCAAUUGGAGAAAUCUUUCUGCACUUUCCUCAUUCUGAAAUCGUUCGUAAAUUUCAAACUGAUGAAGAUGCAGCACGCGUUUCGGCAAUAUGUAAGUGUAGGUAAUUUUUUUUUUAUCUACUGCACAUUCUCAAGUUACUAUUAUUUAUUCUAAUUAAUUUUAAAGACUCGCGCAAGAGGAAGAACACGAUCGAUAUCGUUCGCGUUCCGUCUUGUCACUCGUACUCAAGACCGAGCAUUCGAUCUCUCGGGCCGGUAUUUUUCAUAGUCGAUUCGAUUUAUUUCGAGACCGUCUUAAGUAAUGUCUUAAGAUGCUUAUACGACUCUGUGAUUGUGGUUUAUAACAUCUUAAGACAGCAUACUUAAGAUGAUCUUGACUAUAAGAAUCGACUACGAAUACGGCCCUUCAGGUAGCGACUGGAAUUUUUUCAUGCGUCGUCAUUUCUUAACGUCUUUUUUUAAACGUCAGUUUAAAAAAAAAACAAUUCCAAACGCAUCACAAUGCCGCCUUUUGUGGCAAAUAUACGGGAUGUAAAAGUUCGUCGGGAUUAUGGAGGAAUUGUACAAUGAAGCGUAAAGGAGUAUUGUGAUAAGACUAACGGAGUAUAAAAUUUUACAGCAUACGCGAAAGCGAGCGAAUUAAAAAAAGAGGAGCAGCAAAGUGAAUUUCAUUGCUUUGUGUAAACGAGAAAAGAAGAGAUACGCGAGUUCGAGCUGUGAACUGAACUGUGUGCAAAAUCGAACUGUAAACUGUAGUAUAUUUCUUAACUCUUUUUCUUUGCUACAUUCUAAAUUAUGACUCCGAAGUCCAUAGUGAUCUGUGGCACGUUAGGUCUGUUCUCUUUAGCUGAAAGCCUUUUUCUAUUUUUAUCGGUAUACGGGACGAGAGAUUUACGUAUGUUUUCGCGAGAAAAAGAAUUAAAAUUUGCGGAAAGCGUAGCUAAAAAGAGCAUAUCUACUGUAUUGUAUUACGCUGAGGAUUUCGAAGUAUAAUUUAUUACAUCGGUGUCAUAUAUCUAUAUAUUAUAAGUAUAUACAUAUUGUACAAUAAAAUCUUAUAGCGUUGAACUUAUACCAGAAUAAAAGAAAACAAACGUAAUCGCUCA